UCACAAACGCUUCCUGCUGUAAUAGCUUUUGGUGAUUCAAUUUUGGAUACUGGAAACAACAAUUAUAUCAACACAGCAAUAAAAUCAAAUUUCAAACCAUACGGGAGGGAUUUCAAAGGAGGAAUACCCACAGGAAGGUUUAGCAAUGGCAAGAUCAUUUCAGACUUUUUCGCUGAAGAUGUGGGUGUGAAGGAGCUCUUGCCACCUUAUCUUGAUCCAAAUCUGAAGCUUCAAGACCUCUUAACGGGUGUGAGUUUUGCCUCUUCUGGUUCAGGAUAUGAUCCUCUUACAAACAGAAUAACAUCAGCACUGUCAUUAGAGGAUCAACUAAAGAUGUUCAAAGAUUACAUUGAAAAGUUGAAGGAAGCAGUGGGGGAAGAAAGGACAGCUCACAUUCUAGAAAAAAGCAUAUUCAUCUUGUUCAUGGGAACAAAUGAUGUGUCAGUGACAUAUUUCUUGUCUCUAUUUAGGAGGCCUUGGAUUAACAUCGAUGACUAUACGAGUACGCUGGUCGAUCAGUCAUCAAAUUUUCAACAGGAACUUUACCGAUUGGGAGCAAGAAGGAUUGGAGUGUUCAGUUUAUUACCAAUAGGGUGUCAACCAGUGCAAAGAACAACAUAUGGAGGCAUAGAAAGGGAGUGUGCAGAAUCAGUAAACGAGGCAGCCAUGAUGUUCAACUCUAAGCUUUCUUCUAAAAUGAUGGAUCUUAAAGAACAACUUCCAGACGCUAGGCUUGUCUACCUUGACACCUAUAAUGAAUUUCUUCCAUUUAUCCAACACCCCACUCAGUUUGGAUUUGAAGUGGGGGAUAAAGGAUGCUGUGGCACGUUAAAUGUAGAAGUUGGUUUUCAAUGCAAUUCUUCCCAAGUACAAAUCUGCAAAGAUGCAUCUAAAUAUGUAUUCUGGGACGCUUUUCACCUAACCGAGAAAACUGACUACAUACUUUGCUCACAAAUCAUCAAAAAGAACUACGACAAUUUUUUCUGA